UGAAGAGCCGGACAGUAUUUAGGGACGGACCAAACAAAGAUGGCGUGUGCUCGUCAAUGUAGUUAGACGGUGGCCUGUGAAAAGAAAAAAUAAACCCAAAAGGAGAGAUAAACUCUGCCAUGGAAAGUUCGGCAGUUGAGGGUAACGACGCUUCGAAAGACGAACAAGACACAGACGACACUUUUAAGAAACCUGCUGUGUUUUCCGCGCGUGGACCCGUUCAGAAACGAAACGUCACCGCCGCGUUCAAAGAAAAGACAGAAACCGAGAGCGACGGGUGUCCAAAUGGAACGAAACUGCCCCAAAAAGAGGAGGCGGAAGAAGAAGAAGGUGAUAAAGAGAAGGACGCGGCUGCUGCUAAGUUGAAGUCCGGCGGCAGGACCAGAGUGCUGCCCGCUAAGGGACCGCCGGCCGGGUCUUUCCCCCCUCUGCCGUACACCGAGCCUCCCUGGGGCCGCACGGCUCCGCAUGCCCCCUAUUCUCUCGAAGUCCUCAAGAACGGCACGAUAGUGGACACUGUCCCCUUCAGUCCCAAAAGCUACCUGGUGGUUGGACGCCUUCCCGUGUGUGACGUCACCCUGGACCAUCCGUCCGUGUCCAGGUACCACGCGGUCCUACAGUACCGAGGACAGGCCGGACAGGGCGAGGACAGGGGCGUCUACGUCCACGAUUUGGGAAGUACGCACGGCACUGUCGUUAAUAAGAACAGGAUUCCACCAAAGACCUACAUCAGACUCCACGUGGGGCAUGUCUUAAAGUUCGGAGGGAGUACAAGGCUUUUUAUCCUGCAGGGUCCAGAGUUUGAUGAGGAAGAGGAAUCUGAGUUAACCGUGACAGAGCUGAGAGAGCGUGCCCGUAAACAGAAGGCAGAACUGGAGAAGAGGAUGAUGGGAGAAAAUUCUGAUGAUGAGGAGGAGGGUGAGAUGGAAAACGCCGAAGGGAAAAGUGAGGAGAGCCACGGCAAAGCAUCAAGCGACGAUUCAGGCUGUUCUUGGGGAAUGGCUGAGGAGGUGGUUCCAGAGGAAGAUGCAAAUGAGGAAAACCCUUUUUCAACCGAGUUCAUUGAAGACCAGGAAGCCGCCUACUUGAAAGACCCCAAGAAAGCUUUGCAAGGGUUCUAUGAUAGAGAAGGAGAGGAGCUGGAGUUUGAGUACGAAGACAAAAAUCAUGGGGCGUGGCUCUGCAGAAUAAAGCUGCCGGUGGAUGAUGCUAUGGGCAGGCAGCUGGUUGCCGAAGUGACGCACACAGGGAAGAAGAAGGAAGCAGCCGUCCACUGUUGCUUAGAGGCUUGUCGAAUGCUGGAAGCCAGAGGGCUGCUGCGGCAGGAAGCAGUGUCACGUAAGCGCAAGAAGAAGAACUGGGAGGAUGAGGACUACUACGACAGUGACGAUGACACCUUUCUGGAUCGAACUGGUACUGUGGAGAGGAAGAGGCAAGAACGAAUGAAGAAGGCGGGCAAGAUCGAGGAGUGUCCAGAGACCUAUGAAUCUCUGGUGGCCAAACUGUCAGAGGUGAAGAAGGAGCUGGAAGAGACUCAGAAAAAGCUCAGUGCUGGAAAGAAAGAUUCGUCCAGCUCUUCCACUGAGGACCCACUGGAUGCUUUUAUGAACGCGGUGCGAAGCGAGGCCACGAUGGACACUGUGGAGCGCAGGAAGCUUCAUGUGCACUUAGCAGACUUGCGGAAAGAUGCUCAGCGCCUCUGUAAGCUUGUUGAGCUUGCCCGACCCGCCCAGAUGCCCUCACUGCUGCCGAGCUCAGAGCCACAGAAGAAGACUGUGUUACCGCUGUUUGGAGCCAUGAAGGGUGGGAGCAAGUUCAAACUGAAGACGGGUACCAUCGGAAAGUUGCCCCCUAAACGGCCUAACCUGCCCACAGUACUCUUCAACAUGAAAGAACUUCCACCUGGAGGAGAAGAGGAGGAGGACGAGGAUGAAACUGAGGAUCAGCAUCAUGAAGAGUGUCCAGCUGGUACCGAGUCUAAUUUGGACUCCCUGGAGUCCAAAGCACCAGAUGAUCUGUCAGGUCGUCGAAAACCAGCAACAGAACAAAGCCACAAACAGAGGAGAGCUGAUGAGAACGUGGACGCAGUGAAGCAGGUCUCCCAGCACAACACCGGCACGGCCCCGGCUCCAUCGAGUUCAGGCUCUAAAACUGAAGGGGUGGAAGAGCCACAUGCUGAGCCCAGCCCACAGAGGACCAGGAAGAAAGUCAUUGGGCCCAGCAGGUCUCCAGCGCAGCUCUCGGCACAGUAUCCUGAGGAUGACCCUGAUUACUGUGUCUGGGUGCCUCCUGCAGGUCAGACCGGAGAUGGUCGCACACACCUAAACGACAAGUACGGAUACUGAAGGAGGAUGUCAGAUUUCCAGCUCCAUGUAACACACGGCACCUCCGACUGUUCCCUGUUCCUCUGCUGUUCUCUGAGGGGAACAACUCAGACCAGCCUGAAGGAAAAACAUGAUAAUCCGGCACCUGGAACAGACACAAGACACGCCAGCAAAACAUGGACGUGUUUGGAAACAGACAAGCUGGCAUUUGGGUUUUUUGCUUUCUUUUCCUUCCCGUUUUUUAAAAGCGGCGCACAGCGGAUCCUACAGCCUCCGGCGCUUUUCACGCAGAGAUACUGUAAACAGAGACGCGGGACAGAGGACGUGUCAGCUGAUCUGAGUUCAGUUUUCUGCUCCUGGCUGCAGUAAGAUCCACCUGACAUUCUAUCUGUACACAUCCUCCGUGGAUUCAGCCGGUUGCUGUCGUGACCGUUUUUGGUUUUUUUUUCACCCUCCUUCUUUCCAAAGAGAGAGAGCGAGCGAGCAUUGAAGCAGCUUUUCUGACCAUCUGGAUGGUUGGAUGGCUUACUGCAUGAAAGACGAGCUGAUAAUGACUUGCGCUCCAUGUGCACACCACCAUGUAUUGCUGAAUUUUUUCCGCUUUCUCUUUUUAAGCAGUUUGUCUUUAAGCGCAGGCCGGUUAUUGGUGUGUUUGGUGAAGCAGGAUUCCUCACUUGGUCGACUUUUGUAGUAUUUCUCUGAACAGUCACGUGAGCUUUUCAAAUGCCUUUUGAUUGUGUGUAAAUGUAAAAUAAAAACACUCCGUUCACAACUGCGAGCUUCACUUUGAGCCCCGUUCGCCCCCGUGUCGCCCCUCAGACAUGAUGUUGGCGUCUGCUUCCUUCAGUCUCUCACGGAGUCUGUCAGCCUGCGAUCUGGUGCGAACAGCCCGGUCAUCUCGGCUGCACCUCGUAAACCACUUAAACACGUUAGACUUUGACUCUGUCGUUGCACCUGGCAAGUUUCUGUCACGUGAUGAUGUUCCACAACAAUCAGGCUUGUAUGCGGCGAACAUUAAGUCAGGAUUUUCUUUGCCCUCAUGGACCGUAUUGGAAGCGACUGAUCUGAGAACAGCAUAAAGUUUCCAUUGUGUGUGUUUGUGGCAGUGUGUUUGUGGCUGUCACCACAAUUCGUUUUUGGGUGUUCUCAAGGGGAUCAAGACUCUGGUGCCCUAGAUUAGGGUAUGGAUGCUCACGAAUUAGA